ACCCUAAAUGGCAAGGGUGACAUUGCACUUUCAAUAGUCCAUCAUGGGCGCUUAGGAGAGAGAAGUGAGAGGCAGCAAAGGCGUCAGCUACGGUCUACGCUUCACUGUUUCCCACCGAAAUGUAAACCUUCUUCCCAAGUAUAUUCAAAGGCUUAUUGAGAAAAUCUGCCACUGAAUAAAUAUUUAGUGUAGGAAAACCCUUCCUUUCUGUAUGCGGCAACAAAUGUUUCAGACCUCCAUUCAAACCCUAACUCGUACUUCCUCUCUGCUGAGCUUGUUUCGUUGUGGGCAAGCUUAAAUCGUCUGAUUCAUUUUAUUAUUCUUUAAAGGAAAAAACGUUAAGGCUGUGAAAAAAUGGCAAGCAGAAUGCUAGGUCGUGAUUUUAACCAGUCGUCCAGGCAGUUUUCUUCAUUAUACCGCUCAUGGCAACAGGCUGCAAAUAAUCGAAAUUUUGUCUUUCCAAAUCAAAGCCGUUUGAGUUUUCGUCAUAUGAGCAUUUUCAGCGAGUUCUCGAAGCGGUUCAAGGGAGAAGUUGAGAGCAAUCCGGAGCUUCAAAAAUCAAUUAAAGAGCUUAAAGAAAAAGCAGUUGAGAUUAAGUCAAUCACAGAGGAUCUGAAAACUAGAACGAAGCAGACAACAAAGCAUUUGUACAAGCAUGCUGAUGCAGUACGAACGGAGGCAGAGACUAAGGCAAAACAGGUGUCUGCUGUAAUGAAAGAUAAGAUCUCAGCUGCAACUGAACAGGCAAAAGAUUUCGGUGAAAAGACUUUUAAGGUGGGAACAGAUGUGUCUAAAGAAAAGACAAGGUCUAAAGCAGGCAGCAGCAGUAAUCAUGAAGGAAGCUCAACAUCAAGUACUGCAAAUGCUGAGGCUACAGAGUCUGCAAGUUCACAGGAAGAAAGUGGAGCAAGUGGAACAGUAUUUCACAAGAUUCGAAAGGGUGUUGCUUUUGCUUCCUUCUCCACUGCAGCUGCAUUCAAAUCUUUGAAAGAAGCGAAAAUUGUUGAUGUAACAAAAAAGGGCUACAAUCUUGUAAAAGAUGAGCUGACAUCCACACCAUCUAGGAGGCGAAAAAUGCAGAGCGCAGCUGCAGCAUCAGCCUAUAAAGAAAGGAGUAGUGCAACAAGCAUUGUACCUGUAGGGGUAAAACAGACUCGCUGGGGGAAGAAGUGGGAAGAAUUUAAAGAGAAGGCUCAUGGACACCCUUUGUACAAGCGGGUCAGGGGAAUUGGUGAGCAUCCUGCUGUUGCAAAGAGUCAAGAGUUAGCAGAAGAUAUAAGAGAGCGGUGGGAAACAAGUGAUAGUCCUGUUGUUCACAAAAUUCAAGAUUUGAAUGAAACCAUUUUUGGAGAAUCUGCAGCAGCAAUAUCAUACAAGGAAAUACGUAGACGUGAUCCGUACUUCUCUUUACCAGAUUUUAUAGCCGAUGUGCAGGAGAUUAUUAAGCCCACCCUUCAAGCCUACCUCAAAGGUGAUUUGGAAACUCUGAAAAAAAAUUGUAGCUUUGAAGUGAUUGAUAGAUGCAAAGCAGAACGAAGGGCAUAUGAAGGCCAAGGAAUCUUCUUUGACAACAAGAUUUUACACAUUUCUGAUGUGGAAGUCAAAGAAACCAAACUAAUGGGUGAUACGCCAAUCAUUAUUAUUGCUUUCCAGACUCAGCAAACUUUUUGCGUGAGAGACAGAAGUGGUAAAAUUACCGAGGGUGGAAAGGAUGAUAUCCAUACCGUAUAUUAUGCAUGGGCAAUGCAACAGAUGGAUUCUGGAGAAACGAAAGAAGGUGAAGUAUACCCUACAUGGAGGUUGAGGGAGAUGCAGCAAUUGGGAAUUCAAUCCCUUAUUUAAUUUUUUGUUAUAUUCUUAAGAAAACGUCAUGCACUUCCACUAGAGCAUUCGUUGGGAGUACGACUUAUUAGAAUUUUAUAUACUUAAUGAUUUUGGUAGUAUAUGGUUAUAUCAGUAUAUUCUUAUCUCGGUUUAAAAGUAUUGAAAGGCGUUAUAGGUCUUAAUCUCUUUUAGCCAUAUUGUUGGCGGGAAAGUUCUAGAUGUGAUUGCAUUUACAUGGCUGCAAGUGCUGAUAAGAAAAUGCCAUCACCAUUAUUUUUUGAUUUA